AUUCUUUAUCCGAAGAUGAAAUUCCUAUCCCAGUUUCAAAAACCAGUGCACCAAAAAAACAAACACAUUUUCAAAGUUAUGUUUCACAUCCACUAUCUGAAAAAGAUAGACCACAUUUUGAAAACCUGAUAUUACGUAUGAUCGUAUCAAAUGGUCUUCCUUUUACUUUCAUGGAAAAUUAUGAAACACAAGAGGUUUUUCAUUUUAUCGCACCAAGUUUAAAAUUACCUAAUCGACGAGCAGUAAGCAAUAGAAUUCUUCCAAGGUAUUCUGAAAAGUUAGGUGAGGAAAUUCAACAACGUGCACGUGCUGAUAAAAUCGGAGUAACUGCUGCAUUUGACGGCUGGACGAACAUUAAGCAGGAGCAUCUUUUCGGUGUUGUGUUGAUUACUUCUCAAGGUGAAGCUUUGAUUUGGAAUUCGCAUGAUAUUAGCGAUCAGCGGUCAAGAACAGAAGAUGUGAAGCUUCUUAUUAAAGAAAUUAUGAAUAACGUGCAAGAAAAGGAUAUAAAAAUCAAUUGCUAUGUGUCUGAUUCUGCUGGGGAAUAUGCAGCCGCAAGGCAA